CGUGGGAACGAGUGUAUGGGAACCUUCGUCUCCCCUGGUCAGGUGGGUGUCCACUAUAUGCUCCGCUCCGUUAAGUCCUCAGGGACUUUGCAGAGUGGUACGAGUGGUUGCAAUUCGGGAGCUUCAGCCAUGGCGGUGGCGACCAGAGCCCUCAAGCUCCCUGGCCUGGAGCGACAACGUGCGUGGAAGACAGGAAGAGUUGCGGAAAAUGGAAGCCUCCCGUCGAGCGCAGCUUCCAUGGUGGGCUGUCGCCGUGCCAAUACGGGUAGGGUAGGCGUUGUGGUGCGAGCCAUCCGAGCGCCGGAGAUAAAAGGAGUGGAGAGUGAUGAGGACAUUCCGGGCGUAGCGAAGGACUGGAGCCCCGGGAGCUGGCGGUCCAAGACUGCAUUGCAGCAACCUUCGUACCCGGACCCUGAGAAGGUCGCUGAGGUUGUGAAGCAGAUGGAAGGAUACCCACCUCUCGUGUUCGCGGGUGAGUCGCGCAGUUUGGAGGAGCGCUUAGGGGAGGCCGCUUUGGGUAGAGCAUUCUUGUUGCAGGGAGGUGACUGCGCCGAGAGCUUCAAAGAGUUCAACGCGAAUAACAUUAGGGAUACAUUUCGGUUGCUGCUGCAAAUGAGCGUUGUGCUUAUGUUCGGAGGGCAGCUGCCGGUUGUGAAGGUUGGAAGAAUGGCUGGACAAUUUGCCAAACCCAGAUCAGCCGAUAUGGAAGACGUGAAUGGAGUAUCGCUGCCGAGUUACCGGGGGGAUAACAUAAAUGGCGAUGCCCCGAAUCUUGAAGCUAGGGUACCCGAUCCCGAAAGAAUGGUCCGUGCAUACAGCCAGUCUGCUUCUACUCUGAACCUUCUUCGUGCUUUCGCCACUGGAGGGUAUGCUGCCAUGCAGAGGAUUAAGGACUGGAACCUUGACUUCGCAUCUCACAGCGAGCAAGGCGACAGGUACCGAGAGCUGGCUAAUCGGGUGGACGAAGCACUAGGAUUCAUGACUGCCUGUGGAUUGCCUCUGGAUUCUCCAGUGAUGACCACCACUGAAUUCUGGACCUCUCACGAGUGCCUGCUCCUUCCAUAUGAGCAAGCAAUGACCCGGCAGGAUUCCACUUCGGGACUAUGGUACGAUUGUUCAGCACAUUUUGUGUGGAUGGGCGAGCGAACCCGGCAGUUAGAUGGUGCUCAUAUUGAAUUUCUGCGAGGAGUUGCUAAUCCUUUGGGAGUGAAGGUAAGUGACAAGAUGGACCCCGCAGAGUUGGUGAAGCUCUGUGAGAUUCUAAACCCACGGAACAAGCCAGGUCGACUCACUGUUAUUGUGCGAAUGGGAGCUGAGAAGCUGCGUCAAAAACUCCCUGCUUUGGUUCGGGCCGUACGCCAGGCAGGCAUUAUUGUCACAUGGGUGUGUGACCCGAUGCAUGGAAACACUAUUAAGGCGCCCUCGGGAAUCAAAACUCGCCCGUUUGACUCCAUUUUGGACGAAGUUAAGGCUUUCUUCGACGUGCAUGAACAGGAAGGUACACACGCUGGAGGAGUUCACCUCGAAAUGACAGGACAGAAUGUGACUGAAUGUGUGGGAGGAGGCCGCACUGUGACCUUUGAAGAUCUAAGCUCUCGUUAUCACACUCAUUGUGAUCCCAGGCUAAACGCUUCACAAUCGCUGGAACUGGCUUUUAUCAUUGCUGAGCGUCUUCGCAAGAGACGCAUUGCGGUUUCUGAUGAAAAGGAUGUUUUGUCACUCAACGGUCUUACUCGUGCAGAAGGUGUUGUGUUGUGAUGUUAAACCUCGUAUAACUAGGGACAUGAAGUCCUUAAAAGAAAAGUUUAGAGGAAUUGGCCAUAGCCCUGGCCAGUAUGUCCUGAGUUUCAAUUUUCCUCCCAUUGCACUUGUGGGAUGAGUACCGGGUUCGUCAUACUUGGGAUCUUUCAUUGUUUCUAGAAAAAUAUUGUAGCAGUCUCUUUCUGUAGUGUAAUAUGUCUUCUCUGAUCAGAGUUGCUCGUCUUUGAUGUGGAGAUGUUCAUCAUUUUCGGUGGGAACGAAAUUUCCCCGACAGAAUGGCGAAAGUUAGUAUGCGCUAACGGCCAAUUUGGUAACGAAGUCUUGAAAAGAGAUAGUGUGGUUGAACAUGAUUGAUCGAAUAACUACGUUUCUACUGUGCGAGAUUUCCCGCA